GGUAUAUGCGAACUUCUUCACGACCUGUACAGAGGUGCCUUUCAAAAAUCCGACACGUCCGGACACACAUGAGGCUUAAUAUUGUGAUCCUGGAAGUAUACCAUGGCCGAGUCAUCGUCUACCCGAUCCCCUGAUCGUGGGUAUGCCUGGGUGAUUCUGGGCUGUGGAUAUCUAUCUAAUGUGGUUUGUGGAAUGUUGUACUAUUCCACUGGAGUGGUCAAUACCGCCGUACUCGAUCAGAUGCAGGAGGGCGUCGUCAAGACGUCAUGGGUGGGAUCCAUUCUGCUUGGGACGCUUACACUGACAGGUCCAGUGUCGGGGGGCAUCACGAAGGCCAUCGGAUGCCGGAAGACAACGGUCAUUGGUGGACUCUUUAUAUUUGUUGGUCUGACGGCUGCGUAUUUUUCAAGGAAUGUUGAUUCUCUUAUAUCAUCAUACGGAAUCUGCGUAGGUUUUGGGAUCGGAUGCAUAUCAACAGCAGCAUCUGUAGCUGUGGGGUAUUAUUUUGAAAAGCUUCGACCACUGGCUGCUGGGAUUCUGGUGUCAGGGGCUGGGUUUGGCAUGCUGGUUGGAGCUCCUCUCGUGCGAUUCCUCUUUGAUACCUAUGGGUUGAGUGGCAUGUUCCUCCUGCUGGGUGCUAUAGGAUCUCACGCUUGUGCUGGUGGAAUGCUCAUGAGACCUCCGAAGCACCAGACUACGAGGACCGAUAUAUCCAUCCAAAUUACUCCUGAGAGAGGACCGAAAUGCAAGGCUUUGAAAAGGCUGAGAAAUAUUCUAAGCGAAUUCUGUGAUCUAUUGUCCCACUUUGGAUUUAUGUUUUAUGUGUUAUCAUAUACCCUAUGGUCUUUUGGAGAAUCAGCAUUCCAAGUUCACCUGCCAAAUUAUGUUCAGUCUAAGGGAACAUCGCCACAAAAUGCCGCCAUGUUAUUUACUGCGAUGGGCGUAAGCAGCACCAUAGCCCGGAUACUGACAGGGCUAGCCGGAAAUGACCCUAACAUUGGAACCAUGCUUCUACAUACGGGGAUGUUGGGUUUAGCUGGUGUCAAUGUGAUUCUGAUUCCUGUAUUUUCCAGUACAUUCAAACUACAGAUCAUAGCGUGUCUACUUUACGGACUGUAUUCAGGAGGUCCAAUGGCUCUGCUCAAUCCCAUUUUAGUAGAUCUUCUUGGUGUAAAACGUCUAGCGGCCGGGUAUGGGCUGAAUAACAUGUUUGCUGGAGUUGGACUCCUUUUAGGACCUCCAUUUGCAGGAUUGUUGCUGGAGGCAACUGGAGACUAUGAUUUAUGCUAUUUUCUCGCAGGUGGUACACUUGUGCUUGCUAGCGCUCUAUCCUUCGCUAUCCCAGUAUUCAAAAGCCGGGCUGGCCUCCCUAUCAACGCCGCUACCAGUAUGCAUGUAGGCAGUGACGGAUGUGUCGACUCUGAUCACAGAACUGAAAAUGAGCACCAUUUGUUACCAGAACAGAACACUAACAUUUUAAAAGAAGACAGCAAUGCAGAGAUCAGCAAUCGUUUGUUGUCUGGGACUAAACAAUAAAAUUAUGGCAACGACAAAGGUUCGUGAGAAGCCUAUGGGACUGAA